ACCAGGAAGAGCCCGAGCCAGAGUUGGAGUCAAAGUUGCUCUUGGUAAAGCAGCAGCAACUAAAGAAGUUGAAAAGAUGCUGGUUUUCUUAGGACUGCUCACCUCCUUCCUUUCUUUCCUGUAUGUGACAGCUCCAUCCAUCAGGAAGUUCUUUGCUGGUGGGGUCUGUGGAACAAACAUGCAGCUUCCCGGGAAGGUGGUGGUGAUCACCGGUGCCAACACAGGCAUCGGCAAGGAGACAGCCAGAGAGCUUGCUCGCAGAGGAGCCCGAGUAUACAUUGCCUGCCGAGAUGUACUGAAGGGGGAGUCUGCUGCCAGUGAAAUCCGAGCUGAUACAAAGAACUCCCAGGUGCUGGUACGGAAACUGGACCUAUCUGAUACCAAAUCCAUCCGAGCCUUUGCUGAGGGCUUCCGGGCAGAGGAAAAGCAGCUUCAUAUUCUGAUCAACAAUGCAGGAGUGAUGAUGUGCCCAUAUUCCAAGACAGCUGAUGGCUUUGAAACCCACCUGGGAGUCAACCACCUGGGCCACUUCCUUCUCACCCACUUGCUCCUGGGGCAGCUGAAGGAGUCUGCUCCUGCACGGGUGGUGAACCUGUCAUCAGUGGUCCACCUCGCUGGCAAGAUUCGCUUCCAUGACCUCCAGGGUGAGAAGUCCUACAACCGGGGUUUUGCUUAUUGCCACAGCAAGCUGGCCAAUGUGCUCUUUACUCGUGAGCUGGCCAAGAGGCUCCAAGGCACAGGGGUCACCACCUACGCAGUGCACCCAGGCAUCGUCCGCUCCGAACUGGUCCGACACUCCUUCCUGCUGUGCCUGCUCUGGCGGCUCUUCUCCCCCUUCCUCAAGACGGCGAGGGAGGGGGCCCAGACCAGCCUGCACUGCGCCCUGACUGAGGGCUUGGAGCCCCUGAGCGGCAAGUACUUCAGUGACUGCAAGAAGACUUGGGUGUCUCCAAGGGCCCGGAAUAACAAAACGGCUGAGCGCUUGUGGAACGUCAGCUGCGAGCUGCUGGGAAUCCGGUGGGAGUAGAGCUGGUGGAAUAGGCACAGCUGUAU